AUGUGUUGCGCUAAAACCAACGAAUCUCUUGAGGUCAAUGCCGACGUUGAAGACUACACAAACCGGCCGCCAUAUUUGCUGCAACCCUUGCAGAGAUUUGGCGAAACCAAGUGGCGCGCUCACUGCCAGUGUGGCCAGGUUAAAUAUGCCCUGAGACGUGCAAGAACAUUGAACGCCAAAUUCUGUCACUGUCGCCAGUGCCAGGUCUUGCACGGCGCGCCCUUCCAGUGGGCGGCUAUAUUUCCCAAAGAAGACAUCCGGUUCGAGAACGGACCUGAAGGUUUGUCGUUCUAUGCGGCCGGAGAGAAAAACCACAAGUACCAAACACCCACAAAGGUCUCAUGCUCGAUUUGCCGUACUCCUAUCAUGGAUGAAGGACGCAAUAUGUGUCUGUUGUUCCCGCAGCUAAUUGACUUGUCCGGCUCGCCGGACGAGCAGCGGCACCGGAUGCAACAUUUUUGCCAACACAUCCAUGACGGAAUUGCAAAGUGGUCGGGAAUGGAUGAGCAGAGCCAACAAUUAGAUGACGAUGGCCAGCCGCUCAAGCCAUAA